AAUCUUUCUCCAGUUAUCUAUCAGCGUUGCGAUCAGUUUUCAUGCAAUUGCCUCUGUGGGACAAUCUCAUUACAAAAUGUUGAGAAUUGCAUUGCUCCUGAUUUCGGUUCAGUCUCUACUAUUAGUGGCUUCCGGACCAUACAAUGGCCUCCACAUACCGUCUGAAUGUACAGAUAAUCCUUUCUUUGCUGAUUGUACACUUGUUGUGCGGAGUAAAUUCUGCAACCACAAUUUCUACUCGCAGUUCUGUUGCAAAUCCUGCAUCGAGUCUGGACAGGUGGACCCUAUGAGAACUUUAAACCACCAUGAAGAUGAUUAUUGGAACUAGAUUAGCACAUUUCCCGGCUGUAGAUCCUAUGUAUUAGCAAGUUACAGAUAUGGUGCCAGUCGUCUAUACUCCUACUAACUUCACUUAGAUACAAAUACUUAUUGCUAUAAUAAAAUCUAUUAUCGGUUUAAUUUUAUUUAUUUCAUUGAAAUAACGCAGAGUUGUUUAAAAUUACUCAUUAUACUGAGAACUUAGCUAAAACUUAUCGAAAUCGUUUAUUUAUAAGGGAGCACCCAACGAUGCCUCCCUUUGUCAGCAGAACGACAUCAUUAUUUUUAUAUAUUGUGAAUAAGUUAUCAUGAAAAAUAUACACAAAAUGAUUUUACAAUAAACUAGAUGAAUUAACAAAAAACUACUUCUAUACGAGAAGUAGUUUGUUGUUGGUGAUAUAAGAGAAUAAUUAUACAAUACAAUAUUGCUAGUUGUCACCGAGGAAAACGCUUUUAACAAAUAUGAUUAGCAUUUUAUUAAUACAUUUGAUAAUAAUCAAACGGAAGCGAUAAUACGCGUUAAUUUGACUAAAACACAAUGUUCAGUUCAAUUUAAGUUGCGUCUCUUGUACUUACAUCGUUUGUAUAAAUAUAUUUUAACCACAGUGAGGUAAAUACAUAAGAGUAUCAUGAAAGGGACCGUUUCAGGAUUCGUGUUCUUUAUACCCAUAAUUAUAGACUGUUCUAAGACCCAGGAAAAAGAUUCCGUAAAUUAUGAAAAGUAUAAAAAUGACUUCGAGGGAUUUCGAGAUUACAAAUACACUACUGAAGCUGCAAUAGAGACAAAUGAGUUCACACUGGUAGCAAUUGGUGAUUUUGUGCUUACUUCGACUUUGGAAAAUAGUAUUUACUCCAAUACGAAAACACAGGCAGAUAUAGAUGUCACAGGUCCACAAGGGAGUGAUAAGUUCUGCGAGGCAACAGCUUACGGCUGCUGUUCGGACGGUGAGACUCCAGCGCAUGGACCUCAGAACGAAGGUUGUUGUUUGCGUUCCAGAUUCGGUUGCUGUCCCGAUAACUAUAAGCCGGCUGAAGGACCGCAAUUUGAAGGCUGUAGCUGUAUGAAUGCCCACUUUGGAUGCUGCCCAGAUAAUGUAACAACUGCUCGAGGACCUAAAUACGAGGGGUGUGGCUGUCAAUACUCUCUGCAUGGCUGCUGCCCUGACAAGCUUACUCCAGCCAACGGUGUAGACUUUGAAGGUUGUGGAUGCCAUACGUAUCAGUUUGGAUGCUGUCCUGAUGGUAUCACCAUCGCCAUAGGGCCAUACCUACAGAACUGUUUCUGCCAAGUAACUAUAUACGGUUGCUGUGAAGAUAAUGUCACCGAGGCUAAGGGACCGAAUCAAGAAGGAUGCGAUUGUUCUAAUAGCAAAUAUGGAUGCGAAGCUGAUGGUAUUACGGAGGCUGGUGCCGACACGUUUCAAGAUUAUAAAGUCAUACUAAAUGAAGAUAAAUGUAACCUCUCAUUGGAGCGUGGUUCGUGUGCUGGCACCUUUCUCCGCUGGGGCUACGAUCCUAACUCACGCCGCUGCUCUCAGUUCAUUUGGGGAGGCUGUGGGGGUAAUUCAAACAGAUUCGACUCAGAAGCCGCCUGCAUGCAGCGGUGCAACCCUCCAGGCGCCCUGCAAGCGGAAUGCAUUCUUCCACAAGAGGCAGGUAACUGUACUGAAAAACGGCCAGUCUGGUCUUUCAGCCAGACUGAGAAUCGAUGUUUGCCCUUCUAUUACACAGGCUGUGGAGGCAAUGGUAAUCGGUUUGACAGUGAAAAAGAGUGUGCCAGCGCAUGUCCUAAACAGAGGGAAGACAUAUGCACUCUUCCUCUUCUAUAUGAAAAUUGUUAUCACUGUGACCCGCGUUGGUUUUAUGACAUGGCGUCGAGAAGGUGUAGAUUUUUUUUCGGAAAUAGUAGAAAUGCAAACAAUUUUGACAGCAUAGAAACGUGCAUGAAUCAAUGUGACGAAAAAAUCGAGUUAGAAGUUGUGCGUCCUGAGAUAGAAAAGCCCAUCGUCUGUUACCUGGAACUAAAUAGUGGACCUUGCUCUGAUAGCAUAAAUCGAUGGGGUUAUGAUACUCAGAGAGAUGACUGUGUGCAGUUCCAAUACGGGGGUUGUGGGGGCAACACUAAUAACUUCCCAUCAAAGGAGAUAUGCCAUCGCCAAUGUAUGUUGCAAGAUAUAUGCAAACUACCUACAGUCAAAACUUCGUGUAAUAGUAAUGGGACUGAGUGGUUUUAUGAUGCAGCUACUGACUCCUGCAUCCUCUAUGGUGUAAAUAUUUGUGGAAACAACGAAAAUAGUUUCAAAACACUGCAGGAUUGCGAACGUCGGUGCAAAACAGGAACAUUUGUUGCACUUGAUUACGAAGUCGAAUUUCCGCGUUUUAUAGCGGGUAUUUGUGAGAUAUCCUCCAAUCUGGAAGAGUGUAAGAAACCUGGCAAGGUUUGGUACUUUAAUGUGACUCACGGGACUUGUGUUUCCUUUGACAAUGCAGACUCCGGGCGUUCAUGUAGGAUCACAGCUACAUUUGCUUCUGAAGAAGGUUGUCAGAGAGAAUGUGGAAUUUACCAAGAUAUAGAUGUUUGCAGCUAUCCAAAGGACUCGGGGCCCUGUCACGAGGCUGUACAAAAAGUAUACUAUAAUUCAGAAAGGAAACGAUGCGAAAACUUUAUUUAUGGCGGAUGCCGUGGCAGUCCUAAUCGGUUCUCUAGUAUUGACGAGUGUCAAUAUAUAUGUAGACCACACGAUAAUCCUUGUCAGCUAGAUCCUGAUGUAGGGGACUGUACGGGUCAAAUCGCACAAUGGUACUAUAACGAAUUUGAAGAUAAAUGCUUUAAAUUUAUGUACAGUGGAUGCAAUGGAAAUAGUAACAGGUUCCAAACACAAGAAGAAUGUGAAACAAAGUGUCUUGAUAACGAUUUACGCGUUUUUUUAUGAAGUAACAGACUUGCAGCGAUACGGAAGCAAUCAUAAAAAAUUGCUGCGUAAUAACUGUUAAUUUGUAUAACAGUAUUUUAGUGUUCAAUCUAAUAAUAUCUAUGAUAUACUUAUAUAACCUUUGUAUGAAAUGUGGUAUUUUUAAACACGAUUAAACAAUAUGUGUUUUAUUCAUAUAUAAACGAUUUUUUUUAAUAAAACUAA